AUGUCCGCACGAUUGAUUUCAGCUAGCUGGCUGCUCGUCCUGGCCAGCCUGCUUAAUUUCGCAUGCUGCUCCGCCAGUUACGAUGUCCCCGAUUAUGUGGCCAAGCACGCGCCCAUCGUGUGGCUGCAUUCGGAUGAUCCGUACUUACCCAGUGAUCUCCUCACGCAUGUGCAGCACACAACACCCAAGAUUGACGGGAAGCUCAUCAAAGACAAGCUCCCUUCGCUUAACCUGGACAACCUGGACCUCUUGAACAACUACAGAGAUGUCGCGCUCGCUUCAAAUGAUGAUCCGCUGUCCAACCCGGCCUGGAUGCGCGGUACGGCGCCGGACAAGGACGGUCGCAUUCACGACGCCACGCCUUGCGUCGUCAUUCUCGUCGAUAACCCCUUUAAUGAUGUUGAUGCCUUUUACUUUUAUUUCUACUCCUUCGAUCAAGGCCCGAACAUCACACAGGUCUUGCACCCUCUGGAGCGCAUAGUGAAGGGAGGCAAGGUCGGCCAAGGCAUGCAUUUUGGCAACCACGUCGGAGACUGGGAACACAAUAUGAUCCGCUUCAAGGAUGGAAAACCUGUUGGAAUUUGGUAUAGCCAGCACAGAGACGGCGCCGCUUAUCAAUGGGGAGACCCCGAGCUCACCGUCACUGAUGGCAGACCAACUGUAUAUAGCGCCCGUGGUUCACACGCGAAUUAUGCUAAGCCUGGUGACAACAUCCAUGAUGUCGCCUUGGUCGAUUGGUGUGACAAGGGCAAGAAAUGGGACCCUGUCCUGUCGGCAUACUUUUUCAAGUAUCAUAAAAGCAACGAGACAGUCACGACGCUAAAUGCUCCUGAUAAGAAGAAUUCAGGACCACCCGCACACAACUACACUUCAUUAUUCUACUACGAUGGAAUCUGGGGAGACGAUCAGCUUUCUGACUCGGACCCUCGUCAGGACCACGUACCCAAAUUUGGGUUCCGGCGCUUCUUGGAUGGCCCGCAAGGGCCCAAGUACAAACAGAUAGUCCGGAAAGAGAUAUACCCCAACCGCAGACCGAAAAAGACCUGGAUUGAGUUCUCUGCGGGUCUUUUCAUGACGGCCUACCCUUUGGCUCUCGAGGGCUGGAGAGGAUGGGUGACGUUCGUGUUCGUGGUGAUUCUCAUCUUCCUGAUGGGAGUGGGAGUUAAGGUCGCCAUCACCAAAGGAGUCAGGCGAUAUUACUCGAAGGGCCGGUACCAGAAGUUGCAGCAGGGGGAGCAGAUCCUCAUGGAGGACUUCGAAACAAAUGAGGUUCUCUUUUCGAGCCGCGACAGGUCUAUGGAGAGGGACAGACCAGACCGACCGGAUAGGGGUGAUGAGUUUGUGUAG